GUUGCUAUUGUUUGUGAGGGUACAUUUAACCUGGGUAAAUAAGCUAAACGAAGGCGUUGACGUACUUGUGUAAAAAUCGAGAUGUUUUGAAAAUUCUAUCGGAUAAUAUAGUUAACUAACUGUGGCUAGCUGAAAUAGCUAUUUUUUCAGUGUUGGUAUGCGUCUACUAGCAUAGAUAGCUAACGUUAGCUAAAUUGGGUUCUUAGCUUGAAACUAGCUUGCUUCUUCAGCUACCAAGCAACAUGCCUUCGUACAAAGCAUUGAGGAAAAGCAACCGUUUCUAUUAUUUCAUCAAAUUCACCUUAAAUAUCUACUCAAUGCUCUUCUCGCUCCUGGGCCUGUGUGUGCUGUGCGUGGGGGUGUAUGCGGAGGUGGAGCGCCAGAAUAACCGUACCCUGGAGGGGGUGUUCCUGGCCCCCGCUGUGGUGCUCAUCCUGCUGGGCCUGGUGAUGUUCACCGUCUCCCUGGUGGGCAUGGUGGGCUCCCUCAGGGACAACAAGACCCUGCUACACAUGUUCUUGUGUGUUCUGUGUGUCCUACUGUUCCUGCAAGUUGUGGCUCUCAUCGUUGCGCUCAUCUUUGAGAAGAAGACAUCAGCCUUGUUCCAAAGCAGCAUACGAGAGGGAAUUAAACACUAUUACGAUGAUCUGGACUUCAAAAACAUCUUGGACUUUGUGCAACAGAAGUUCUCUUGUUGUGGUGGGGACGAGUACAAGGACUGGGGUGUCAAUCAAUACCAUUUCUGCAAUGGCACCGGGCCGCUGGCCUGUGGCGUUCCUUAUACAUGUUGUGUCCGCCACAAGGUGGGAGAGGUUGUCAACACUCUUUGUGGUUACAAGACUCUCAGCCAGCAGCGUGAGGUCCUAGAUGAGGUGAUUCAUGUGCGAGGCUGUAUCCAUGCUGUCAACCUGUGGAUGGGCGACAACGUGGGAGCAACUAUUGGGCUCUGCUGUGCCUUAGGUCUGCCACAGCUGAUGGGCAUCGUGCUGAGCUGUAUGUUCUGGAACCUGCUGGUGGAGAUGAAUGAGUCCAUGGACAUGGUGGACUUCAAGAUCCUCAAGAGAGCUGGCUUCGAGUACAGCGAGCUGGACCUGGCUGGUGCCGGCUGCUGCCUGUGUCUGCCCAGAGACGGAGGCUACCUCCCCCUGCCAGCUUUAGACCCCAUCUUGUCUGACCCUGACCUAAAGCCCAUCCCCAUCCGAGUCCAGCGACCCCUGCCCGUCCAGGUCCAUAGGCCCCUGGCCCAAUCCCUCCAAGACCUCAAACUAUCUGGGCUUAGACUGGACGAGGUAGACAUUGGGCGGAAGCAGAAAAGAAGGGAAUAUUAAUUUUUGAAUUAUUUUUGAAUUUAAUGUAUUUUUUGGUCUUGUUUUGGUCUCUGUGUUUGUUGAAGGACAGGUUAGACCUGUUGCACUAUUUGGUGGUCAAACCAAUCAAUGGUCAUUAACUGACAUGAUCACAGGUUAUAAUGGUCACGUUCCUAGCUGGCUCCAUUGCAUACGCAUUCCAGAUCUCAAUGCCUGGAUAGGUGUUUAACAUAUCAGCUAACCACAUGAUAUGAUAUAGCAAUCUGAUGCCUGACUGCGCAGUUGAUGACGUGGCACACAUCCAUUGGUUGAUGCAAUGCAUGCAGUUGAUGACGUGGCACACAUCCAUUGGUUGAUGCAAUGCAUGCAGUUGAUGACGUGGCACACAUCCAUUGGUUGAUGCAAUGCAUGCAGUUGAUGACGUGGCACACAUCCAUUGGUUGAUGCAAUGCAUGCAGUUGAUGACGUGGCACACAUCCAUUGGUUGAUGCAAUGCAUGCAGUUGGCCUGGAACCCGACCAGAGGUUUGGCACUUUGGAAAGGCAUUAUUGGAGCAAUUGUUAUCCUGUUUAAAAAAAAAAAAUUGUUAGUCUUUCAAAGAACAAGAUGCUGCAGUGGUUUUUAGACACUAAUUUAACAGUUGUUUUUACCUUUUUCUAAAUGGAGCUUUCAAAUG